AUGCGGUCUAGCAUCGCUUGCGCAAGGUGCCGCCGCAGCAAGAUCAAGUGCGUCAAUGCCGGCAUCGAUACCACCUGUCGCGCCUGCGAAUCGUCUGGCCGUGAAUGUGUCUACCCAACCCCGGCUAUUGGUGUGAGCGGAGCCAAACGGGACCUGGCUGCCCUAGAUUCGGAGGAUCGAAAUGGCGACUGGGAUGGCCCCAAACGACACCGUUCGCGCAAAGCCACAAUAUCGGGCGGCUCGGCCGGCUCGAAAUUAGGGGCCGAUGUACUGGAUGCCUCGAUACUGACCACCAAAGUCUGGGAAGCCGUCUUCGACCUCUUUCAAUCGCACUUCGCUACCCUCCUGCCGUUCCUACAUCCUGCGACUUUUCUCGGUCAAAUCCGUCAACUAUCACAACCUCCUCCCCCAACUCUCGAUGGGCAAGAUCCCCGAAAUACAGUGCCAAAGGACCCUGCCUCUUCCCUGAUUCCUCUGGGUGUAUUGGCCCUGACAGCUCGGUUCCAUCCACCUCUGGUCGCUUUCCAUUCUCCGGCAUCACCCGGGUUUCCUUCCAACCCGUUAACCGCUUCGGAAUAUUAUGCGACCGCCCUUCGCAGCCGGCUGGCCGGCUUGGAUGGCGCCUGUCUCGCUCAACCGGACCUCGCGCGCGUCCAGGCGCUCUUGAUGCUCGCGUUACACGAAUGGGGGAUGUGUCGAGGCAAGAGUGCCUGGGUCUACGUGGGUAUGGCUAUUCGACUGGCGCAGGCCAUGGGUCUACCAUUCGAACUCGAGAAUGAGUUCCCUGCCCAGGGGUCUCGCUUAUCCCCAGGACUGAAGACCGAGGCCGACCACUUUGGUCUGCCACGACGCCUCGAGCCCAGGGAACCAACCUCAGAUGAUAUCAUCGCGCAAGAAACCAAGCGUCGGACCUUCUGGGCCUGUUUUAUCCUCGAUCGAUGUCUCAGUAGCGGCAAGUAUCGGCCCCGGAUGGUCCGAGUCAAGGAGCUCGGAAUUCAACUUCCGAGUGAUAAUGCCUUUGCGUUCGGGGAGCGUGUUCGCACUGCCCGACUCAAUGAGCCGACCGUGCGUCGGCCCCAGAGCUUUGGCUCGCAGAGCAUGCAAAUCCCCAGUAUUCGCCAGAGUAUUGGGGGUUUCAGCGAUGAAAAGCUUCCGGGUCCUAAUGGGACACCAGAUGGCAAGUCCUGGUCUCCCAUCUCGCGCCGCAAGGAUUCCAGCGAGGAGGAUAUUGAUCGAUGGGAAGUUGGUGCUGAAGAGUCGGUUCUCAGUCGGGUGAUCCGGAUCAUCCGUAUCUGGGGCAGCAUUGCGAAGUGGUCCUGUGCUGGCGGUCGACGAACCGAGCAAUAUCCUCCCUGGCAUCCUGAGUCUCGCUUUUCGUCUCUUCGGAUGCAGCUGAACGAGUUCCAAGAUAGCCUUUCUCGCAACCUGCAAUAUUCUCUCCGAAAUACUGACACGCACAUCAUGUAUAAGACCACAUUGGCUUCGUAUACUGUGAUGCAUGUUGUCUAUUUCCUCUCCGUGAUCGUCCUUCACCGUGCCUACAUCCCAUUCCUGCCUCUUCGCUGCAAUGAGCCUAUCGGCCCCCUUGAUGAACCAUUGUUCCCCACUGACAAGGUCAAUGGCCCACCUGAUAAUUUCUGGCGUGACAGUGCUCGCGAGCUUUUCAAAGCUGCUCGCCAGAUGAUGGACCUCGUUGCUACUUGCCAAGUUCGCGGUGCUCUUGUUGAAAACCCAUUGGUUGGCUUUGCUAUCUACAAUGCCGCCUUCAUCGGUGUCUAUGGUACUCAUUUCCAACACAUGGAUCCCGAUGGGCUGUUGGGUCCCAAGCCACCCCCGGCAAGCCACGAUAGUCAUCAGAUUGGUGCUGUACAGGCACGCAAGGCCUUGGAUAUUAUGCGGGAAAUGCGCCCCCGUCUAAAGAUGGCCGUUGGAUGGUUCCGUACCCUGAACCGUCUUCACACCUACUUCUCCAAGACCAAGCGCGAUUUCCGUCGAAUUUCCCGCAAUCGCUUGGAUAGCAUGUCCGAUGCUUCUGACCACGCACCCAACGGCAUUCGCCCUCUUCGCGAAGGCGGCCUUGGCGGUGGUUUUGAGGAGUUCAAGAUGCUUGAAAAGCUAUUCCUCGACUUUGGAAGCAUUGAGGAUCAAUUGCCAGAAACUGGAAUGGAUGAUGACGGGAUCGCUGUUCCCGCCAACGAGUCUGUCUUUGAACGCACUAACCUCAGUGACGCCGGGAGCAACGCUGUCCGAAGCGAGACCGGCGAUCCUGGCGAUCAGAUGCUCGAUGGUGCUGGUGGUCGUCGCGAGUCAUGGGUACCGGUCAACAGCCCUGGCCUUCCACCUGGCCUGCCACUCCAUGAUGGCGAUCGCCGUCCCAGCCUUCCCCUUCCUAACAGCCGCCCAAUGCCAUCGGGAUCUCCUUACUCCCUUCCAUCGCUCCAACAACACCACCCCGACGGUCCCAUAUACACUACCUCGUCUCCUAGCUUGCCUUCCAUCGCCGCAACCACACAGUCCCCGUCUCAAUACCUGACAGCAACAAGCAACCGUCUGAACCCGAUCAACCCCUGGCUUCCUCGCCAACAGGCUCCUCCUCCACCCUACUCUCAAUCUCUCCCUCCUAUCAAUGCUGCCGCGUCACACAGCAUUCCCGUCCUUCCACCCCCGGGAUCAGUCACCCAGCUGGCCCCAUCCCCGCCACUGACCUCAACGGAAGGCCCAGAUUCGAGCUUGCUCUCCACCAGCCUCGGUGGAGAUGAUGUGCUCGCCUUCUUAGAUGGGGGCGAAUGGACCCAGCUGUCCAUGCUCGCACCUUGUGAGAUCGGCAUCCCAGCCGGCUGGCUCAGCACGGUCUGGUCGCAGUUCGGCCGAUAA